CCAACACAAGACAUCAGAUGGGAAUUAGUAUGAGUUCAUUGAUCCGAUUGUUACCAGUGACUUGCCGAUACUGUCAAGGAUACGAUUCCUAUAUGCCAAUUGUCAUAUCACUGGCGCAUGCGACAUAUCUGCGCGCGUGUUAGGGUACAGAGGACCUAUUCGGACUUUCAUCAUUGGCACGUGAGAUGCCGGUUUACUGAUAUCAUGACGUUUUCCAACUGAGUACCCAGUACUUUUGUCAACAAACUCUCGCCUUAGGUCGACUCGCGUUGGAAACAACAUACUACGUAGACUCUUACGUCGUCACAAACAUAAGCUAUCUUCGUCAUGUCCUCGGAAGCUUGCUGCACAUGCGCAGCGCUUCUCUCCUCUAUUCCACCGACAUACGAUGAGAAGACCGAGAAGCCUUCUCGGUAUGAACGGCGGCUUGAAUGUUGCCACCGAGCAGUAUGUGCGCGAUGCAUAACAGACAACCCGCGGUUCGCAACCUACUGUCCUUUCUGUCAAGUAUCAAUAGUACCUUCGUCGCUUCCACAAGGCUUGCUUCCACAAGGCUUGCGCGACCCCCCGGCAUACUCGCCACCAUCUGGCAGUGAGACUGUAGAAGGGAUAACGGAUACGGAUGGACUUCCACCUUACACCACACAUAGCUCUCUAGACAAUGGCCGAAUCAUACCACCGAAAAGCUCCGUUGAGAAAGCUGCCGACGUGCUACACUUCGUGGACCACGACCUUGACUCCGUUGCCUCGUUAUCUUUACGAUAUAAUGUUCCUGCGGAUGCUCUCCGGCGAACGAACGGACUCUAUGCUGAUCACUUAUUAGCAGCACGCCGUACCGUCCUGAUACCAGGCGAGUUCUAUAAAGGAGGCGUGAGCUUAAGUCCAACACCUUUGGAGAGUGAAGAGGAAGAAAUCCGGAAAGGCAAAGUGCGCAAGUUCAUGGUCGGAUGCAAAGUUGCCGAUCUCGCUCCUCGAUAUAGAUAUGACAUGGCGCUUAUGUACCUCCAACAGGCAGACUAUAAUCUCGAUGCAGCCAUCGAGGCAUUCAAAGCUGAUGAGCGGUGGGAACAGAAACAUCCGCUCGAAGCCGCCAGGAAGGGAAAGUCGAGUAAUAGUGUACAGGGCGUUGGAAAGUGGAGAUGGGCUUUUGGCGGCAGCGGGGGAGGCCUCACUGGCCAGUUGACUUGAAUCGGAACUUUUGACGCCGAAUUCUGACUUUGACCCUAGCUGGUACUUUGUAUGUACAUACAUACUUGUACAAGUAUCUCUCAACUGCAUAGACCUAGACGAUUGAAUGAUACUCGACUCGCGUUUAACCACGUUGUUCAGCCGUACCCGUACUAUUAUUUGUGCGAGUACCAUCAUUUGCAUGGACAAUGGCGAUUAGUAGUGUUCUUCAUACAAUGGAGGAGUUAACUAGGCCAGACAGAAACCAUGCCAUGGGCAUAUAAAACUCAUUCUAAUUGGGUACAUCCAGUCCAAACAAAAGGAAGGAGAACUUUCUGCAUA